CAACUUUAAUCUCGAGAUGGUUUUAUUUUUUUAUUAUUGCUUGGCCCUAAUCCUCUUCCGUAUUUGUCCAUAAAAUUGUCAAACAAAAAUGAUUUAACCAAAGCUAAUCUUCUCUUCAUCAUUUUUCUGUUCUAAUGAUUGUGAAGUGUUUCAUUCUGCUUUGUGUUUGUCACCACUUUCUUGUAUGUUUUUAUGCAUGCUAUGAACACUGCAGUCAGGUGCAACUCAUAAACUUUGCCCAGUGUAACUGCUUAGUUACUCAGUAGCCUGUAAUGAGUGUGCUUUACAAGUUACUUAGUUUGAGUGUAUUUCACAUGUCAUUUGAAAGAGGACACUAAAAACUAUAUAUUGGAUACAAUUUUACAUACAACCAAAUCGCAGGACCAUAGUGACCUUUGAUCUGAAGGAUAUCCUGUCUCCGAAAGAAUGUGCGUGUGAGCAUUUUGCAUCAACUGGAGAGAGAGAGCGAGGAAGGGAAAUAGAGUAAAAAGUAGAGUUGACAGUAAAAGGGGUUUAUAUGGAAGAUUAAGAAAAGGUUUUACUUUUAGUUUUCUUAUAUGUCUCUGUUUUGUCCCUUUUUAAGAGUAAACCAAAGUAGGAAACCUGUCUAAUUCGAGUGAGAUGGAAGGUUCAAGUGCAGAAGCAGCACUAAGUGUAAGUGCGAACAGCAUCAGAAUCACUGAUUUGACUCAGGAUGGAGACGUUCUGACGUUUGCCAUCACAUCCCAGAAAUUGAAUGGCAGUGCUGGGGUGUGUGUGUUUCGAACAUAUGAGGACUUUGAUUGGCUUCAACAGAGUCUUUUCUCACAAGAAAAUGUUCCUGGACUUCAGGGAAUUAUUUUUCCACCUUUGCCCCCUAAAGCACUUCCAACCCAGUUGAACAUGCAGACCAAAGCAUUCAAACAACUUGGGUUCCUGGCUCUAGGACAGGGUUGGCAGAGUUAUUGUAAGGCUUUGGAGUUUUAUCUCCAGCAGGUGGCAACACACCCAACUCUCUGCAAGUGCAAAGCACUGGAGAGCUUUCUUAUUAACACUGAGUCUCCUGGAAAACAGCGAGGCAGGAAAGGAAUCUUUAAUCGCCUUAGUCAGGCUGUGGAGGAGAUGAGAAAAGAAAGUCAUAAGGAUGUGGACAACUUCUUUCAGAACGAGAGAAAUAGAAACACAAGUAUUGCUGCUUUAUCAAAGGUUGCCACAGAGAAAUUACUUGAUGUUGUGAUGACAGAGCAAAAGCUUGCUUUGGCCUGUGGACAUUUCUCCACAUCUCUUCAUCUUUGUGUGAAUCAGGACGAUGCAGAUGCUGUAGCAUUCUCCAAGGUUUGCUUGAAGCUGUCUGAUAUUAUUGAGGCAGUAAAGCGAAACUAUGAGAAAGUUGCCAGUAACAACCUAACCACUCUUGGUUUGGGUCUGGACCUGGAGUCUCGCUAUCAAGAGGCAGAGAAAGAGAUGCUCUUCAGAAGAACCUGUAAACUGGUAGAGCUGGAAACUGUUAAGAAGAGUACAGAAAAAGCCAAGGCCAAUAAGAAAGAAGUGAUGGAGGCAUUUCAAAAAGCUGUUGAGAAAGAGUUCAACCUGAUCUCAUCUGUGGCUAAACAAGAGAUUGAGCGUUUCCAUAGCUCCCGAGUGAAUGUGCUGAAGAACUUCCUGAUUGACUGGUGUGAACAGCAGCUCAACACAGCGAAGGAGUGCGCUGAACUCUAUUCUCAGCAUCUGGAAGCUUGCAGAAACAUGUAUUCAGAAUGAAUGAAACAUAAACAGGUGGUUUAUGAUCAUAACACUAUUGCUGGUAAUGUAAUCAAACUGUUCUGGGUCUAAAAAAUAGAACUUCAUCAUGAUAUUAUAAAAGUGCUCUGUAAAUUCGGUUUAUUCUCAUAUCUUUUUAAUCACUGGUCCUCUUUAAUCUGAUUGUAAUGUUUCCCAGCUUUUAACACUGAAAAGCCAUCUAAUUUUAGACUAUAUAUUCAGAAGUGAACUUUGUCAUAUGUAAGCUUUGCAGUAAAGCAAUAAAACCCAUGACUGUUUCUACUUUGCAAACAUUG